AAUGCUUGACCGAUCUUUGUACAGUUUAGGAGAGAAAAGAAACAUGUAGUAUAUCACGUUGUCAAAAACAACAGGCUUGAAUAUGCAUGGGAUUUUAAGAUGUUAAUAGACAACCACCCAUUUCAGAUUUUAUAUCUUCUUAUCUUCCUUUUUAUUGACUGACCAAGGUUAUUUAACAUGGGACAUUACUCUCGUAACGGCAAGAUAGGCUACCAUUGCAUGUCUUCCCACUACAACCCUAGCUUCCAACUACAAGUGGAGUUUUAUCAUCUUGCUAGUCAAAGUGUAUGAUGUGGAAAACUUUGCUUGGUCUCCUCUUCACUUGCACGAAGGUUCUGGCUCUGUCCGGAAACUUUUGGCAUAUUACAGACCUACAUUGGGACCCAACAUAUAACCUCACAGACAAUCCCGAAAAUGUAUGCGCGUCCAGUGGAAAACGCCCUACUUCCAGUGCUGGCAGAUUUGGAGAUUAUCACUGUGACUCCCCAUGGAACCUCAUAAACUCCUCAGUGUAUGCCAUGAAAGAUAUAAUGCCCGACCCGGAUUUCAUCGUCUGGACGGGAGAUGACACACCUCAUAUACCCAAUGAGGAUCUAGGAGAGGAGGCGGUCCUACACAUUAUCGGAAAUCUCACCCACAUCAUAAAGCUUGUGUUCCCAACAACCAAAGUAUAUUCUGCACUGGGCAAUCAUGAUUAUCACCCAAAGAGUCAGCUUCCAGCUGUUCAAAACAACAUCUAUGAAAGGACUGCAGGGAUGUGGCAGGAUUGGUUGGAACCGGAAUCACAAAAAACCUUCAGAAACGGUGGCUAUUACACUGAAAGGUUGCUGAAUCGUCCAGGCUUCAGGAUGGUGGUACUCAACACUAACCUAUACUAUGAUCAAAACAAGGUAACUGAAGACAUGGCAGACCCAGCUAAUCAAUUCAGCUGGACAGAUCAGGUUCUCACAGAUGCCGCAAAGAACAGAGAAAAGGUUUACAUAAUUGGUCAUGUGCCACCGGGCUUUUUUGAGAAGAAACGCAGUAAGCCUUGGUUUAGACCCCAUUUCAACAAACGCUACCUGGAGCUUGUUCAGAAGCAUCACUCCAUCAUCAUCGGACAGUUCUUCGGACAUCACCACACUGACAGCUUCCGCAUGUUCUACAGUCCCGAUGACUCCCCCAUUAAUGUCAUGUUCCUGACCCCCGGGGUUACCCCAUGGAAGACGACCCUGCCUGGAGUCGUGGAUGGGGCCAACAACCCUGGGAUCCGCGUCUUUGAAUAUGAUACCCAAACUCUCCUGGUCAAGGACGUUGUGACGUACUACCUUAACCUGACCCGUGCCAACAUAGCCCAGAGCCGCUGGGAGAAGGAAUACAGGCUCACUGAGAGUUUCCGGGUCCCAGACGCAUCCCCCACCUCCAUGCACCGGGUUCUGGACCGAAUGGCAAACAGCCACUGCUACCUCCAGAAGUACUACGAGUUCAACUCCGUCAACUACGGCCUGGCAGAGUGCGACAGUCACUGUCGCGUCGACCACGUGUGUGCUGCCAGAGAAGUUGACUUUGACAGAUACGAGCACUGUCUGGAGAAAGAGGGGGCAAUCUCGAUCGGCGCCGCCCUGCUGCCCAUCAUCACCACGGCGCUCAGUCUAGUCUGGCUAAGCAGCUGAGGAUCUAUACAGCUGUGGCCAAAAGUAUUGGGAGCGACAUACAUUUUGUGUUUGCAAAGCUUGCUGGACCUUGGCAUAAAAUGACUGCUAACAUAAUUUCAGUAAGUCAUAUCCUCAGCACAGGGGAAAGUGUGAACUAGUUCUAGCCUGGUGAAAUCACUAUCAUUCUGAUUGGAUUGUAAGAGCAGAUUGACUGCUGUAAAAGAGUGGACUAUUUGCAUAUAUUGAAAAUGUUCUCCCCAAAAAAGCUUUACAAAAAAUGAAAUGUGCCUUAUUGUGAUUCCUGUAUUCUAUAGAAACAUGUUAAAAAAAUCCUCAAAUACUGAAUCAGCAAACUUUGCAAAACACAACAUUUGUCUUUGCCAAAACUUGUGGCCACAACUGUACACACAGCAGGACCUGCACAUUGGUCAGCCUUUGGAUAGAAAAACUUAUUUAGCAUUCCACUCUGUUUUGGGAAGCAAACACAUUUUUUGAAACAAGUUGUCUGUAUUAAAUAAUGAAAUAAUGAUAAUUUUUAAAAUUAUAAUGAAUGUCAUAUUGAGAUAUUUAUUCAUAGAAUGGUACAUUAGUGUAACAAGCUUAUUCUGAAUAAACGAUAUUCUGUGGGUCAUGAAUGACUUUUAACACCCUCUGUUUGGUCAUGUGUUAUGCUUGUAAAAGUUGGUCGUAUUUUUAACUGUUCUUCUUAAUGGUAAUAUCCGCAACUUAAACCUUCACUUAUUUUUGUACACGCUAACCUUUCCCCUGUCUGCUAUUCAUGUAAAUCAAUAUAUACCAGGGUCUAAAUACCUUUUGAAUAAUGAGUUACCAUGAUUACAAGUCAUAGACCAUUCAAAAAGAUCCACGUCUCUAACUACUUCCUGUAGAUUGAGUCAUUUUUUUGUUAAAUUUGGUAGAAUAAAGCAGUAUUUAUGAACACGUUUUUAUAAACUCAAUAUGUUCAUGUCAUAACAACAAAAGCAAUGGAUGGACCCUGAACCCAUUGUUAUCACCAA